UCCGCUGUUAUGUGUUCGUUCUUGAUAAGUGAAACAUAAACACUGUAUUUUUAUUUUUUUCUUCCAUUCGCAGAUGUUUACUUCGCCAAAGUUAAGGAACUUUCCAAUAGCUUCAGCCUCAUUCGGCUGGAUUAUUGAAUCGAUCGCUUUACAGUGUCUUAUUCGAGUGGUUUUGUUAGUUAUGUUUUGUAAAGUUAGAGUGGGUUUGGCCACGGCGGCUUCACUCAGGUUCCCCAGUUGUAUAAAUCCGACAGUGAAACUGGUGACGCCUGGGUUCUGUAGGCACCAGCGGAGGAACCUGAACUCCGAAUCUGCAGGUGUCAGGGUGUUGUAUGAUGAGUUGUGUCCCAUCUGCAUGACAGAGAUCCGCUUCCUCCAGUUCCUGCAAAGAAACCAGCCUGGGAAAGUUCAUUUUAUUGACAUCUCUAGCCCAGGCUACGACGGCGCAAAAUACAAUGAUGUCACCUAUGAGAUGGCCAUGGAGGAAAUGACUGUAAUCGAUGAGAAAGACGAGGUGCAUCGCGGCGUUCCAGCGUUUGCAGUGAUGUAUGGCGCCGUUGGGCUCGGCUGGUUGGGCCACUUUAUGAUGUGGUCACCGGUGAGGCCGUUUUUGGAUAAGUCAUACGCCAUCUUUGCAAGGAAUCGACUUAAGUGGACUGGACGGGCAGAGGAUUGCACAACAGGACGCUGUGAAAAGAAAUCAGUUGACUCCUCCUAACUUCCUUCAUUAAUAAAAUGAGCUACUGUAUAUUUAUUGAUAUGAAUAUGUUGCAUAUUUUACUGCAGGAAAAUCUAA